UUAUAUUGAAACUAUUAAUAGUGACAUGACUAAAAUUAAAGUAUCCAAAGGCUCCAUCGUGUUAUGUCUUCUUGUGAUCUUUCCCUUUGCCUCCACCACCUCUCCACCUUGCAAUCUUUCUUCGGCCUGCCAUGAGUGGGCUAAAGAAGCUAAGAAAUCUCAUAGAUAUUCUCAAAGACAAAGCCUCCUUGAUCAAAGCAACUCUCUCCACCUCCUCUGUAAACGUCGCGGUCCUCCUCGCCACCACCCACGACCCGUCCAGCCCUCCGUCGGAGAAGCGCGUCGCCGCUGUUCUCACCCUCGGCAACGGGUCCCGCCUCACGGCAUGCUCCUGCAUAGAUGCGAUCAUGGCUCGCCUGCAUGACACGCACAGCGCUCCGGUUGCCAUCAAAUGCCUUUUUACGAUUCAUAACAUCAUCACCAGGGGCUCCUUCAUUCUCAACGAUCAGCUUUCGUUCUAUCCUUCUUCUGGUGGCAGAAACUUUCUCAAUCUUUCGACUUUUAGAGACGGUUCCGGGGCGGAAAUGUGGGAAUUGUCAUCGUGGGUGAGAUGGUACGCGGGUUUAGUGGAGCAAAACUUGAUGGUUUCCAAGGUUUUGGGUUACUACUUUUGUUCAUCUUCAGGCACGAAUAACGACAAAAGUAAAGAAGAGAGAUUCUUGACGUUCUUGGACUCGGAUCUGUCGAGGGAGUUGGAUGUUCUUGUGGAUUUUGCCGAAAGAAUCUGCGAGGUACCAGAUUCGCUACACCUUCAGAGGAACGAUUUGGUUUACGAGGUGGUGAGAAUGGUGAGCGAAGAUUACAGGUUGGUUCAGUUAGAAAUCUUCCUCCGAGUUUCGGAACUCUGGGACAGAACGGAAAACCUGAGUGACGGCGACCUGACUCAGAUGCGAAACAGCUUGCAAAGGUUUCAGGACUGCAAAGAGAGGUUACUGUUGCUGUUUGCAAAUCGAAAAAGGAACGAUCGGAUGUGGGAUUUGGUAAGCGAGACGAAGAUGAAGCUGAUUACAACGAGAGAAAAGAGAGAAGGAUUGAGGCUGGUGACGAUGGCAGGCCCAAGGAUAGGCGAGUCUAUGAACCAGUCAACACGGUUCAGAAAACCAUUAAUGGCGGCCGAGUCGGGGAACCUGUUUUUCUUCGGAUCAGGCGGCGGUGCAUUGGUUCCUCUUGCCGUUUCUACUGUAGGGUGAAGAGUGAUCAGAUCACAGGAUAUCAUGAUAAAAGAAAAAGCUCCAACAUUCUUUAGGCAUCAAAAUUAUGGGGUUUUUGACAUUUUGUUUGCAGCAUUUGCCCCAUUAUUUGUGUCUCUGCCAAAGAAAUCGUUCAUACGCAGUAAUUGGUAGGGAUUGCAGAUUAUGAUACGUUUUGUGAUUCUAAAUGUAUAAUUGUCAUCAUGUACACAAAGUUGUUAGUGCAUUAAUUUCCGGUGCGUAGAAUUGAGUGUGGAUCCAAUGCAUGUAUAAUGAUCAUCUUUUCAUUCUUUUAUUCGUGUA